AGCUCCACUCUCUCGGACUGCAAUAGGGAGGAGGAGAUUGUGCUCUGUGCCUCCUGCAGCAGGGAGGAAGGGGGGAAUUGGGCCGAGCUGCUGGGUCUCUCCUGCGGAGGCUGAGCUGGAGAGGAGGAGUUGGUUGCUGGUCGCUUUUGUCCUAGGCGGGAAGGAGGAAUGUUCCAGCGGGGCAGGGAGCUCCAGACCUUCCUCCUCCCUCUAGUCCGUCCGACCUGGAGAUGUCAAUGGGCAAAUCUACGAUUGCCUGGAAGCACCAGCGCGGGCCCCUCACAUGACCUGGUGGCUCGGGGUCAUUACGGCAGGAUGGGCCCCAGCUGCUGCCCCUGUGGAGCGGAGCAUGGAGCCGGAGCAUGGAGCCGGAUCCCUGCCGCGUCCAGGCCGAGUUGGGGGCCGCCGCGAUUCUGGGAAACUUAUUUCAACAAAUGCUUUAAUGGAAAAGUUGCGUCUAAAGUAUGCACAAACACCAUGGAGUGAAACUCUGAAACUUGUACGGAUUUGCAUGGAUAAACCAGUUCAAGGUUCCAGUGCUGUUACUGCAGAUCGUCCGUUAUUUUCUUGCUUGGAGAAGAUACAGAAAACUUUAAAUGCUAAAUCUCUGGCUGCUAUGAUGAACCAACUGGAAUGUUUAUCCAAACAGAAGGGGCUUAACUCCUACAUUAGCCCUAAUGGAACAUCUUGCUAUAUAACUUCGGAUAUGUUCUAUGUAGAAGUUCAGUUGGAGAAGGAUGGAAAGGUGAUAGAUGUAAAGUUGGCUCACCCUGGAGAGGCCCCUGUGAUUUGUGAAGAUCUAUUGCAGCAUCUAAGAAUGAAAGACUAUGCUGCCUUUGGAAAGAUUCUAGAAGACUUGUCAAAUCUGUACCAAAUUCCAGGAAAUAGUGAUAUGAAAGCUAAGGCGUAUCUAGCCUUGCAAUCCCUGGAAAAAGACCUCUGUUCCAUGUCCCUUCUGUACAGCACACGGGAUGUCAACAGAGUUACUGAAGUACUUCAUGGAAAAGUAGGACACCUUGUCCCAAGAACUGGAGGAACCCCUAUGAACAUUGAAUUUUACAUAUCACCCUAUCAAGCUCUGGAAGAAGAACUAAACCCUGGCUCACAUAUAUGUGGAACAAAGCUGUUUGUAACUGUUGGAGGUUCAGACACAACACACAAGCUUCCUAUUUCUCCAUUGAUUGAGGAUUCCCAGACAGAAGACGGAGGAAGACUUUUGAGGUUGGAAGAAAAACCUAUCCAGAAUAGAAAGCCGGUCUUUUUAACACUGAGUGAUGAACUUGGCAUGGAUUUGCCAGCUUGCUUUUUCUUGAAGUUUCACCAGCCUUCCCCUAUAUCUUCAUCCAGUAUUAACAAGAUAGAGAAGCUUACAGGCAUUCCCAUUGUUGCCCCGACACUAGCUCCUCUUUAUGAAUUGAUUGUUCAAUUUACCCUUAAUGGGAAGUACAAGGAGGAUUGUUCCAUAAAUAAUUCUUAUUUUAUUGUGUCUCUUCCAGAUUGUCCGAAGCACAGUUAUUUCAUAAAUAAAGGCACAGAAAAAUCAGGGAUCACAGGAGCAUUGGUCAGUAAAAUUCCAUUCACCCAUCCAAAGUUCAUGCCUGCUAUAAUAGAUAUUCUUCGGCAUCAGAUGGUUUAUAACACCCUUAUUAGCAGCUGUGUCUCUGAGAACAGUAUAAACAAAGAUUAUUCAGAGCUACUUUAUUUUGAAGUGUCUCCGGUAAAAGAUACCAGCUUUUCCAUCUCAUUCCAGCAUCCUGUAGGAGUGAAUUUAGCUUGUGUGGUAAUCAAUGUCUUGAGCUGCAAAGAAAUCAAAUGCAGUCUUCAUAUAAAUCCUCAAGAUGCGACUUUAAAUUGCAGCAAUGACUUCAUCACAAGAGUUGUGGAGCGUUGCUUGUCUGUCCCUCUUGUCAUGAGAGCUAUUUUCAAGAAUGCUGUCAACCUAGAAGCAGAUGGUAGAACACAAAAUAUGGAGGUUGUCCGUGAGCAAAAUCCUGAAGUUACCUGUGAGCAAUCAGCAUCCUGUAAUAAUAUCAAAGAAAAUAUGUCUGCAUCCAGCACACACAACGCCACAGUAACAAAUAUGCAAAACUUAACUGUUACUAUAAAAGAAAGUUUCUCCACUACUAACCUGCAGAUCUCCAGCACUAUCAUAGAAGAAAACAGCUCUACUGCCAGCCAACACUCAUCUGAUGGAAUAGAAGGUAGACAGGCAGGCUGCAGAAAUACUGCAAGCUUCAUCUGACAGCAUGGAAGAGAGUCUUUCUACAGCUAGCCUGCAGACUUCAUCUGAAUAUGUAGAACAAGGUGUCUCUACAGCCAGUGCUGAGUGUGAUGUACAAGAAAUCCCAGGAUAAGUGUACUAAAUAUUGUCUAAUGUAAAUCUGUUAUGAUUCCACCUCAACUGUUUUAUAGAGUGAACAACCAGCAGAUAAUUUCCCAGAAGCAGUCAGUUCUUUUGCUUAAUGCCUUGGAAUGAAAUCUCUUCUGCUUUCAUAUUCUAAAUAAAAAACCCCCUGUUAAUAUGCUAGAAUUUGAGAAUUUAAAUACAAAUUUGGAAAGUUUAAUUUUACUUUAAGAACUUUACUUUAGUCAAUGCUAAACAGCAGCAGGUAUUUCUUAGAAGACGGGGAACUAAUGUAUGGUGUCUAAAGUUUUUUGUUGCUUUAACCUUAGGUAUUCACUUUGAUAAACAAACUACACAAAAACCAACUGUAUUCUUCUGUUUACAGUAGCUUUCUCCCCAUCUUUAUUUUUUAAUGUUCUGUGUGAACCAUAUUAGGUAAGCACAUGACUGUGCACAUACAUGUAAACAAGAGUAAAUCCUUUAUAAUUGCACAAUUCCACAUUUUUUUUAAGUUCCCUAAAAAAUGGAAGUGUGACUGUGUAGUUAACGAAAAGCUUCUCCAACUGAGGAAAUGAAAAAUUAAAGGACAAACUGCAUAGGGCCUGUGAUCAUUACAGGUGAAUGAAAAUAAUUACAUUUACAAGUUACAAAGCUUCCAAAUGCUGCAGGAAUGAUCAGCCUGAUAUUCAACUUGAAAAUGUAAAACUGCUAUUUAUUAUGAAAAUAAAGUUAAGGUAAAAUUGUGUG